AUGGACCGGUUUUACGACAUCGCCGUGGCAACAAUGCCUCAUCAGAGCCACCUCUUCCAUGGCUGCUGGCUCGAGGCAGAGAGGGCUGAUAGGGUAGCAAUGGGUCUUGAUGGGCUCCGAGCCGCCCUCGAUAGGUCCUUUCACGGCCACAUGAUUGCCUUGACCGAGGAGAUCCGAGGAUCCUCCCAGCUCCUCCGGGAGCUGGCCAGCCAGAGCGGCACACACAAGUCCCGCGCGCCCAUCGUGUCGAACCACCUGAACGUCCUGCUCCCGUGCAUGUCCAAGACCCUGCGGGACAUCACCACGCACUACGACGACAAGACCAUCUCCCGCGAGAUGCGGUGGCGAAAGAUGUACCAUGACAUGAUGAAGGAGGUUCGCGGCAUCCCUUUGCCGCAGCGCUUCAUCCUGUACAACCAAUUCCUGCGGUUGCUCCACUCCCUGCUCAUUCGUGAUAAGCAUUUUGACCAGGGCCAGCUCGAGAUGCUGCGGCACAAGAUCCUCGAGCUGCGCGAGCUCCGCGGCAUCCCCGACCCGGUGCAGACACCGACCACUGCUGCCGCCGCCGCGGCUGCCACCUCGGACCAGCUCGUCGGCCGCCAAGUUCACGACACCGCCAUCGUCAUCCCGCUGCCGCACGAGAGGGUUCACUGGUGCGAGCAGGUCUUUGUGCUCCCGCUCAGCUCGCGCACCGACAUCCCCGGGCCCGAGAAGUCGCGCGUGUUCCAGCCGGUCUUGCCCGCCUGGGACCCGAGCCGGCCCAAGGCGCGCAAGACGCUCAUGCGGCGGUCUUUCGACUCUGACAGGAUGUGUGUCAAGUUCCUGCUCGACAUGGAGGACAUCCCGUACAUCGAGAUCCGGGUGUACAGCGGAGGCGCCCAGUAUUUCACGUGGAAGGGCCAUGACCAGGUCCGGAUCCAGCGGGACGGGAAUUCUCUGGUCUUGAAGAGGUGGAGCCGGUCGAUGUCGGCGUGGAAGAGCUGGGCGGUGCUGAGUUUCGUCACUUGGGAGGAACUCGUCCUCUUCUACUGCACCUUCACCGCUCUGAAGUGCCGGAACCCUCUCGCCCCGACCAUGGGCCAACCAGAGUUCAGCCUAAAGGGCGAAACGUUGCAAUUCCAAGCUCAGAUCGUCGACGACGACUAUAGACACAGCCUCUGCGUAUACAAGGAGGAGCGGAGCGGAGGGAUCCGACUGCAGGCCGCCGUAUGGAAUGGCGAGCUGAGGAAGUGUCCGGUGUGGACUGCCUUUGUCACCCACAUCUCCGCAUCCCCUAGGUGGCUGGUUCGCAUCUCAGACCACAUCUUCCACGUCAGGGACAUCCAGCUCUACGUCUUUUGCCAGAAGUAUCGAGAGUCGAGGAUGCGAAGAAACAGGCUCGGCGCGUUUGAGAUCUACUUCCUCAGCAAGCAUGCUGCCGACGAGUUUGGACAACUCUUCAAUCCGUCCAUCGCCGGCCCGGGGCAUGCAUUCGAGGUCGAAGAUGACGGCAUCGCCGGCCCUUCGUAUACAUAA